AUGGCCGCCAGCAAGACCGUUUCCCCGCUGUGGGGCACCGAUGCCUGGGUGGACAUGUGGAGCGGCUUUCGGUACCCCUUGCAGGAGCCAGGGACGUUGCCUUCCAAGGUGCAGAAAGUAUUUUCCGAGAACCAGAAGCUGGAUUUCCCCCUGAUCACAGAAAUUUGCGAACUCGCGGAAAAACGGCCCUACGAAAUCCUGGAAUCCGUCCAGAUUUUAUCGCAGAGUCUACGGGAAAACGCAGCGACCAAACUGAAAGUAUUCGAUCCAGUGACUGUUUUGACGUAAGAAUUUAUUUACAUUGCUACUAGUUCACUUCAGAGAUCCAGCUCGCAAAGUAUCAAUGCCAAGAAAGCGACCAGAGCAAAGCAUUUUCAGUGUCAAUCUUCUCUUCCAACAGGUGGUGACCCUUUUGAAUGAGAUGGUGUACAGCAUGCACGUGGUCUACUGCGUCUACAACGACCGAAAUCUCCUGCAAAUGAUCCGCCAGCUGCAAAAGAAGGGCAGCGAGAAGGACAACUCCUUCGAGAAUCAGCUGGACGAGGAAAUGGCGAACAACCUGCGAAUGUUCUGCUGCGAAAUCGAGCGCAAGGUCCGUCAGGAGUCCCGGAAUGCCGUGGCACCGCCGAAGGUGAAGCCGCGACACAUUGACAUCAGCUUUUCGUCGAGAAAUAAUACGAACAAGUCGCCGGCUCUCGUCGUUCCAGGGCAUCAAAUAAAUCAGGGUAGUGCAACUACUGCUGCUGCAAACGACCACCAGCACUUUGGGCAACACCAGUCACAGCAGCAGCCGGUGCAAUUCCAGCAAGUUGCACCUGCAAACUAUAUGCAACAUCAGCAGCAGGUGGUUCCUCAACCGCAGCAACAAAGCAGUGGGCCGCCAGCCGCACAUCCAUCCGACCAGGUAGCAGGUGUUGUUGACAACAGUCCUUCAUCCCGCACGCCCUCAUUUCGCGCCAGCGAGCGGAGUGCGCAGCAGUUUGAGCCGGUCCCGCGCGUACCAUCGCACAAUACGACCUCACCCGCGAACGACCGAAAGCGGCCCCCGCCGAUCGACACAAGAAACGGUGACGGGAUCAUUUCCAACGGCGGCGCGACCGCUGCUGGGAAUUAUCAACCAAGCAACGACGUCCUACCCCCACCACCAGACGGCUAUCUGCCCCAGCCGGAUGCCGGAUUUCUGCCCCAACCCGAUGGAGUUCUUUUACCCCCUCCACAAGAUGGGACGAACAACGCAGGAGCACUGCCGUUGCCCCAACCUGACGCCGCGGGGUCGUUCUCAUUACCUCCGCCCGACGCGCUGCCGGACCCGACCAAUGUGCUGUCAAGCAGCAAAAACUCAAAUACCACUUUUGUCCCCCUCGUUGCAGACACGUCGUUCUCCCUCGACCCCACACAACUGAGUGCCAGUACGGAUUAUACAACCAAGGGGGUUCGUGAUGGACCACCACCACAACCUGCGUACGGGGAUAAUGUUGGGAUAGCUACGUCUGCUUCGGAGCAGUCAUCUCAUUACCAGCAGCCACCGACCUUUCAGCAACGGGAAGCACCACAGAUAGACCCGUACCAACAGCAGCAGCAGCAGCAGAUGCCGCAACAGUUCGAUCCUUCGCAACCAUCCUCGUCGCAAAUGGGUACUAAUAUGCAGCAACUGCCCGCCCAGUCUCAGCAGAUGGCGGCUCCAUCUGAGCCGCCACCCGCGUUCCUAAAAGCCUUCGAGGUUUCGGAGGGACAGGGAAAUGGUGGUGACAUGUUGAAAAACAAAUCCCCAACUUCGCAAAAGGGGGCGGCCCUCUCGGAUUUGUUUUAGCAUUAGCCUGUUGUACUGGAUCUUCGAUCAUCAUUUUUAUCUCGAGUGCCAU